CUUGGAAAGGGUGUCUGAACCAGAUGGGGUUAAGUUGCCUCCUCCACAGAUUGGAGUUGGGUAUGAAGAUGCCAGUGAUGGGGGGUAUGCACCCUUGAGGUGGAGGCUCCCCCUCUCUUUUUGGGUGGAAAUGAAGGGGUGGGUCUAUGGUACAUCACCUGAGUUGUGGGGUAAAUGUAGAGAGUGUCAAUCAAAGGCAGAGCUCAGAGCUGGGAAGAAAGCUCUAGAUGGCGGCUGUGCCUUGGAGAGCGCAUUGAGCCUCCCUGCUUUUUUCCCCCUCCUCCGCCACUUUUGCGCAACUUUGCCCAACUUUUUGGCUACCUCAGGGGGCUCCUGCGGCCCCUAGCCUCUCGCGGGGACUGUCGUAGGGGGCAUCGAGCGUUUUUCGGGCAGAAAAGCGGCUUUUUGGGGCGCUCUCCCUUCGCCUUGUUGGAAAGAAGCAGCCGUGGAGGCAGCCCAGGUCGUUGUUUUUCCUAGCUUGGAAGCCAUGGCGUACCUCCAUUUUUGUGCGCUCUCUUAAUGAGCUUUUUUUCUCCGGAUCUUUUUUACCCCAUCUUUUGGCUCUAAUUAUCGCCUCUGGCAAUUGAACGAAUGCAGAUCGUUUGGGAUUAAACGCCUUAUUUUAUUGUUUUUCAAAAGAAAUCGGGCUUUUUUCUUUCGUUCUCCGUGUUGCCGUUGAGAUAUUUUGGAGCUAAUGUUUUCCCACGACCCGAAACUAAUAUCGGGUUGGACCUGGCGCCGGUGCCUGAAUCAGUAAAUACCUGGGCACAGGACUUCAAAGCAAACACAGCCACCUCUCUACCUUUCCCUUAAAUAUUUAAGAAUAAAAAGAUGAUGAGAGAUACGGAUAAAAGCCAAGGAGAGGAGGGUUCAGUCCACAGCAAUGCUUCGAGUCACUCAGCAUCAGAAGAGGCCUCGGGGUCUGACUCGGCCAGCCAGUCCGACAGCGAGCAAGGAAGCGAGCAUGGGAGCGAAUCCAACAGCAGCUCGGAGACUUCCGAAAGCCAGUCUGAAUCCGAAAGCGGCUCAACGGGCUCAAAAUCUCAGCAGACGCCUCUGGAAGCCAAGGAGAAACCAACAUCCAAGAAAGAAAGGCUCGCCGAUGUCAAAAAAAUGUGGGAAGAAUAUCCAGAUGUUUAUGGGGUGAGGAGGUCGAACCGAAGCAGGCAGGAGCCCUCGCGCUUUAAUAUAAAUGAAGAGGGAAAUAGCGAGUCUGAGAGCGAAAGCCCCAAAAGAAGAGGCCAAAAGCAAAUGAAGAGAACGGAACGAUGGAAAAGGGAGGGCUCUGAGGACGAUGGUGAGGAGGAAGACGGACAGGAACAAGGCACCAGCGCAGAAAGCGAACCAGAGCAGAAGAAAAUAAAAGCUCGGAGACCUGUCCUGAGGAGAGCAGCGAGCAAAGCCAUUGCGAAAAAGGUCCACAGGCCCCAGCGUGGGAAGAGGCGGAGGAAAACAGAGUCGUCUGAGGACGAAGAUGAUGAUGAUGAUGACGAGGCACCCAAAAGGCAGACCCGGCGCAGAGCAGCCAAAAACGUCAGUUACAAGGAAGACGAUGACUUUGAGACGGACUCAGACGACCUGAUUGAAAUGACAGGAGAAGGGACUGAAGAACAGCAGGAUAACAGCGAGACCAUUGAGAAAGUGAUAGACAGCAGGGUGGGCAAGAAAGGAGCCACUGGCGCUUCCACCACUGUCUACGCGACAGAAGCGAAUGGGGACCCUUGUGCCGACUUUGAUCCUGAGAAGGAGGAAGGGGAGCUCCAGUACCUGAUUAAGUGGAAAGGCUGGUCGUACAUCCACAGCACGUGGGAGAGUGAAGAUUCCCUGCAGCAGCAGAAGGUCAAAGGGCUGAAGAAGCUGGAGAACUUCAAGAAGAAAGAGGAUGAGAUCAAGCAGUGGCUGGCAAAGGUGACUCCCGAAGAUGUGGAAUACUAUAACUGCCAGCAAGAGCUGGCUUCCGAGUUGAACAAUCAGUACCAGAUAGUGGAGAGAGUGAUUGCUGUGAAGACGAGCAAAUCGGCAAUCCCUGGGUCUGAAUUUCCAGCUCACAACCGCAAAUCCUCCUCCACUGAUCCCGAAUACCUUUGCAAGUGGAUGGGGCUUUCGUACGCAGAUUGCAGCUGGGAGGAUGAGGCCUUGAUAAGCAAAAAAUUCCAGCACUGCAUUGACAGCUUCAACAGCAGGAACAACUCCAAAACAAUGCCCACCCGGGAUUGCAAGGUGCUGAAGCAGAGGCCUCGAUUUGUUGCCUUGAAGAAACAGCCAUCUUACAUUGGUGGUGAGAACCUGGAGCUCCGAGACUACCAGCUGGAAGGCCUCAAUUGGCUGGCUCACUCAUGGUGCAAGAGCAACAGCGUCAUCCUGGCAGAUGAGAUGGGCUUAGGGAAGACCAUCCAGACCAUCUCUUUCCUCUCCUACCUCUUCCAUCAGCACCAGCUGUACGGCCCCUUCGUGAUCGUGGUGCCCUUGUCGACGCUGACCUCGUGGCAGAGGGAGUUUGAGAUCUGGGCCCCGGAGAUCAAUGUGGUCGUCUAUAUCGGAGAUCAGAUGAGCAGGAACGCUAUCCGUGAGUAUGAGUGGAUCCACGCGCAGACCAAGCGGUUGAAGUUCAACGUGCUCAUCACAACAUACGAGAUUCUCCUGAAGGACAAGACCGUUCUGGGGAGCAUUAACUGGGCCUUCUUGGGUGUGGAUGAAGCGCAUCGCUUGAAGAACGACGACUCCUUGCUGUACAAGACGUUGAUCGACUUCAAGUCGAACCAUCGGCUGCUCAUCACUGGGACGCCCCUUCAGAAUUCUCUCAAAGAGCUCUGGUCCCUGCUGCAUUUUAUCAUGCCGGAGAAGUUUGAGUUGUGGGAAGAUUUUGAAGACGACCAUGGGAAAGGGCGCGAGAAUGGCUACCAGGGCCUCCACAAAGUAUUGGAGCCAUUCCUCCUGCGCAGAGUGAAGAAAGACGUGGAGAAGUCCCUCCCUGCCAAAGUGGAACAGAUCCUGCGGGUGGAGAUGUCUGCCUUGCAGAAACAGUAUUACAAGUGGAUUUUAACACGCAACUACAAAGCGCUCUCUAAAGGCACUCGCGGGAGCACGUCCGGCUUCCUGAACAUCGUGAUGGAGCUGAAGAAGUGUUGCAACCACUGCUAUCUGAUCAAGGCCCCCGAAGAGAACGAGAGGGAGAACAGGCAGGAGCUGCUGCUGUCUUUAAUCAGGAGCAGCGGGAAGCUCAUCCUCCUGGACAAACUGCUGAGCAGGCUGCGCGAGAGGGGCAACCGAGUCCUCAUCUUCUCCCAGAUGGUGAGAAUGCUGGACAUCUUGGCAGAGUAUUUGGCCAUCAAGCACUACCCUUUCCAGCGCCUGGACGGCUCAAUCAAAGGCGAGAUCCGAAAGCAGGCGCUGGAUCACUUCAAUGCUGACGGCUCAGAGGACUUCUGUUUCCUCCUGUCCACACGAGCUGGUGGCCUGGGGAUUAACUUGGCCUCUGCCGACACGGUGGUCAUUUUCGACUCGGACUGGAACCCUCAGAAUGACUUGCAGGCUCAGGCCCGGGCUCACCGGAUAGGGCAGAAGAAGCAGGUGAAUAUUUAUCGAUUGGUUACGAAGGGGACGGUGGAAGAAGAGAUUAUCGAAAGAGCCAAGAAGAAGAUGGUAUUAGACCAUCUGGUGAUACAGCGCAUGGACACCACUGGUCGAACUGUUCUGGACAACAACUCUGGCAGAUCCAACACAAACCCUUUCAACAAAGAGGAGCUGACGGCCAUCUUGAAGUUCGGUGCGGAAGACCUAUUCAAAGAGCUGGAAGGGGAAGAGUCUGAGCCACAGGAAAUGGACAUUGAGGAAAUUUUGCGCUUGGCCGAAACCCGAGAGAACGAAGCAUCCACGAGUGCCACAGAUGAACUUCUGUCUCAGUUCAAGGUGGCCAACUUUGCAACGAUGGAGGAGGAGGAAGCCGAGCUUGAGGAGAAGUCUCAGAAGGACUGGGACGAUAUCAUCCCAGAGGAGCAGAGGAAGAAGGUGGAGGAGGAGGAGCGGCAGAAGGAACUAGAGGAGAUCUACAUGCUUCCCAGAAUCCGCAGCUCGGCUAAAAAGGCUCAGGCCAAUGACAGUGAUUCGGAUGUUGAGAUGAAGAAAAAGCUGCAGGGGUCGUCCGGCUCGGAGAGCGAGACGGAGGACUCAGACGAUGAUAAAAGACCCAAACGAAGAGGGCGGCCCCGCAGCGUCCGGAAGGACAUGGUGGAAGGCUUCACGGACACGGAAAUCAGGAGGUUUAUCAAGGCCUACAAAAAGUUUGGAGUUCCCCUGGAACGGCUGGAGUGCAUUGCCCGAGAUGCGGAGCUGGUAGACAAAUCGGUGGCCGACCUCAAACGCCUCGGGGAGCUUCUUCACAACAGCUGCGUUUCGGCCAUGCAGGAGUACGAAGAACACCUGAAAGAGAACCCUGCAGAAAACAAAGGACCAGGGAAGAGAAGAGGCCCCACCAUUAAGAUUUCUGGCGUCCAGGUGAACGUGAAAGCCAUCAUUCAGCACGAAGAGGAGUUUGCAAUGCUGCACAAGACCAUCCCAACGGACCCGGAGGAGAGGGCAAGGUUCUGCCUGACUUGCCGUGUGAAAGCUGCCCAUUUUGAUGUGGACUGGAGUUUGGAAGAUGACUCUCACUUGCUGGUGGGAGUAUAUGAACAUGGCUAUGGGAACUGGGAGCUCAUCAAAUCAGACCCAGAGCUGAAAUUAACCAACAAGAUCCUUCCUGUUGAGACAGACAAGAAGCCUCAGGGGAAGCAGCUCCAGGCGCGAGUCGACUACUUGCUGAAACUACUCAAGAAAGACAUGGAGAAAAAGGAUGGAACGAAAGAGGUGGAAGAGACCAAGGCGAAAAAGAGGAAGCCCCGCACAAAGAAGGAAAACAAGUCUCUCAAAGGGAGAGAUGAGCAUGGGAAUGAGGUCUCCUCUCCUCGACACUCAGACAACCCCUCAGAAGAAGGAGAGGUCAAGGAGGAUGGCUUAGAUGGCAGCCCUGUGAGAAAGAAGCAGAAGAAGAAAGAGGACAAAGAAAACAAGAUAAAACAGACGGCAAGCAAGAAAGAAAAGGAAGAGGAGAAAGAGAGGAGGAAGACAAAGGGCAAAAGAGAAAAGGCCAAAGGCAGCGAUGCCAAAUCUGCAGGCAAAGGGAAGCGAUCUCAGGGCCCCGUCCACAUCACAGCUGGGAGUGAGCCCAUCCCCAUUGGAGAAGAGGAAGAGGAUGACUUGGACCAGGAAACCUUCAGCAUAUGCAAAGAGCGGAUGAGGCCUGUCAAAAAGGCUUUGAAGCAGCUGGACAAGCCAGACAAGGGACUGACGGUGCAGGAGCAGCUGGAGCACACGCGGAGCUGCCUGCUGAAGAUCGGCGACCGCAUCUCAGAGUGCCUGAAAGCCUACUCAGACCAGGAGCUCAUCAAGCUCUGGAGAAGGAACCUGUGGAUAUUUGUGUCCAAGUUCACAGAAUUUGACGCGAGAAAGUUGCACAAGUUGUACAAGAUGGCUCACAAGAAGCGGUCGCAGGAUGAGGAGCAGGAACAGAGGAAAAGGGAGGAGGCCCUGGGAGGCAAGAAACCGUUUCGGUCGGAGGCAUCUGGGUCCGGCCGAGAUUCCGUGAUGUCUCAGAUACCUCAUGGACCUCAUGCUCAGAAGCUCCACCAGCCUCCGACGUCGCAUCCUUCCCAAAUGCACGGGCACCAGCGGGAGAACUACAACAACCCAAACAAGAGGCAUUUCAGCAGUGCAGAGCGAGGUGACUGGCAGAGAGACCGCAAAUUCAGCUACGGCGGCAACAGCAACCAAGUGUGGGGCGGAGAACGGCAUCAUCAGUAUGAACCGCAUUGGUACAAAGAGCACCACUAUGGAGACCGCCGGCCGCGUGGCGAGCCUCGUGGUGAACCUCGCAACUACCGGCUGAACAACCCAAGUCGCAAGCGGCCGUAUGAGCAGUACAACAGUGAUCGAGAUCACCGGGGCCACAGGGACUAUUAUGACAGGCAUCACCAUGAUUCGAAGCGACGGAGAUCAGACGAGUUCCGGUCUCAGAAUUACCACCAGCAGGACUUCAGGAGGAUGCCUGACCAUAGGCCUUCCAUGGGCUACCAUGGCCAGGGCCCCUCAGACCAUUACCGGCCUUUCCACCUGGACAAAUCUCCGGAUUACAAACAGCUUCUCCCCCCUCCUCACUCCCAAGUCUCGGACCCUCGCUCCCCACCCUCACAGAAAUCCCCACACGACACCAAGUCCCCUCUAGAUCACCGGUCACCCCUAGACAGGUCAUUAGAACAAAAGAACAAUCCAGAUUAUAACUGGAGCAGCCGGAAAACUUAGAUUUCAUGGUUGGGAGAUCAGGCUAGAACCUCAUCUGAGGUAAUUUGGCCUGAGGUAAAAUGGCAGCUGCUGUGGUUCGUAAC